AUGAUUUGGGGCGCCCGAUCGCUGGUCCGCAACGCGACCGUAGUGCUCUUGCUAAAUUAUGUACUUUUAUCAGCGAAGGCGUCCCUAGUCGUCGCUAGCUCCUCCAAAUCUACUGCUGCGGUGGACAGACUCAGGCGGCAUGACGACCAGCUCUCCGAGGUCCUCAUCGAGCACGUCAAAGGCGCGGACGACACGCAGGCUGCUCUCUCGGUUUUCCUCGGGCUUCUCAUUAUCGGUGCCGUUAUCCUCGUCGUACUCUUUUUCCUGGGAUGCCUGCUGCUGCUCCGCCUGUCCGAGUCGUCCCCGUCGGCCAAGUACCACCGGUUGCUGCCUUCACAGGAAGCAUGCUGCCAACGCAGCUGCAGCGUGACCGGCCAAGAACGGUCGCAGGUAUUCACCUACGUAGACCUAACCAACACCGACGGCUCCUGCCAGGAUCACCGACAACUGGCGCCACGUUUCUUGGCCAACUUUCAGACGGCCACCAAAGUAGACGCCAGAGACUCUGGAUCACGUCGGCAGCAACAGCGGGGGGCGCUCUCUGCUGAAACGCGCGGUCACCUGGCGAAAACGGACCCUCCGUUCAGGGCCGGCACCGCGGGUGCGCCCUCCGUGCGCCGUACCAGAUCUGAUGAGCUCGGUGGUUCAAACGCUUCCUCAGGCAAAGAGGCCACUGGUGCCGCAGAUCGCACGUCGCAACCACCCACGAAGCGCAUCUGCGUGCAGCACAUUGCCGGUACACCAAACUACCGCAGCUGCUCUCUGCACGACGAGCACCGUUCGGAAAAUUAUGGAGAACGCAGCGUGGUAGUUAUGUCCGAUGAGCCGCAGAUGGAGAUAAAUGUUCGUGACCGUUUCGUCAAAGUGCGGCCCCAUGGUGACGGCAGCGCUAAUGAUUCACCCGUAAGAAGUGACGCCGCUCAUACGCUACACCAGGCGGCUCCCGCCGACAUGAAUCGUGCUAGCAGCGCGCAGUACCCGGAACAGCACAACUGGCAUCGAAAUCACUCUGACUUGGCCGUGGACCAGGCCUUUGGCAUUAGCUCAAUCGAACCCUUCAGCCCGUGGUUACCAAGCCCAAAUGGAUCAGGAACAACUCCUCCACUUUUUCCCAAUGAUUUUCACGCUUUCACGCCCAGCGAUCAUACAAGUAAGGACACUCUGCGAUCUCAACAGGCGUCCGAGACGCAUCCUUUUCCAGAGCCCGAUUUGGGCUUUAGCCACCUCGACACUGCUGAAAUACCCGCUACGACAACAGUUCCAGUUCCUACACCUGACACUUCCUUAGUUCCCUAUGAUUCACCGCCGUUAAGAGAGUCCGCGUCAAUGGAAAUCGGAAAGGACAGACGCCUUAUCACAGGACCGGAAGGUUCUACUAUGCAGUACCAACAAAAUAUCCACACUGGGCAUGUCGACAGAACCACCUGUCCUCCUGUUCCCGUCACUGUGAAGACAGAACUAUCCGUCACGAGCCCUGGGCCCGUUGUCGUGGCUGAAGAUGAGCCCGUGCAGCCCUACGAGCGAAACGUAGCAGUCAUUAACGACAGCGCGCCUGGCGACGGGGUGAAACAUGGCGAAAACAGCGAAGCUGGCCAUGUCGAGUCUGCUUUAGAAUCAUCCACGCGGGACAACCAUACUGCGGGAAAAGAAAGUGAAAUUGCUCUCGAGAGCAAGUCUGACAAACACGAGGUCAGACUAGCCCCAACAGAAUCCCAGAACUCUGAUGUCCACAAUGAGCAGAGGGCAAGUCGAGAACUCGCAGCCAGACUAGAGGAUGAAACGACGAUAGAAUCUCGCGUGCCGCCCAAAUGGUUGCCCGUAGAAAGAAAGAGUCGAGAGUUGGCAUCAAGUGACCAGUCUAACCAACAACUCACUACUCUUUCUGACCGCACGUUGGCGUCACCCGUCUCUCAACAUCCAAUCGAAAUUGACGCCGACACCGGUCUGGUGACUUCGCCAGCCUAUAAGACGACACUGGCUUCUUUGUUGCCUAUUUUGUCACAAAGCGGUGGCAACGUCGAUGUCGUUGAUCAGUUAAAGUCAUCUGCGAUUCAAGCCGCGCAGCACUCUACAGACGACACAAGGACGCUUGCGACAGCUGCUGGGAGAGACCUUGACAUUACUCUUUCCCCUGAUGUCACUAAACAUGAACGCGCGACAGAACUGGUUGAAAGCUCUGGGAAAACUUCUAUUACGACGCCCGAGCGCCACCAGAAGGCGCCGCAAGCAGAUAGCUCGAGUUCCUCGGGGGUCAAGGAAAGAACAGAUAGCACCGACGUCUUUUUCACUUCGACGUCACCUGUUGCUGCUCAAGGCAGCAAGGACCUGAUCAGCUUCAACAGCGAACCGUCGGCCGGCACACCAGCAGAAAGAAGCGAAGAAAAGACGGACACAGACGCUCCCAAAAUGAGUGUGUCGCCCUCGAAGGACGAUGUAGCUAAGCGGGAAUCAUAA